AUGAAGCCUAUCGCAAAGAACGUUGCAUUGGCUUUAUCUUUCUUCAUUUCCCUCUCUUUCUUCCCCAUUAUAAAUACUGCUGUUACCAAUCCCUUACUCACCGAAACCUGUCAAAAGGUAAAGAACAAGGAUCUUUGCACCUCAAGCCUUGGGGCCGAACAUGCCACCCAAGACGCAAAAGAUGUAGCCGCCCUCGCAUUGAUAGCUAUCAACGUUGCUUCCAACCAUGGCGUCAACGCUUCCGUCUACAUCAAGAAGCAGCUCCUUGACGGUAAAAUUUUGGAACCUACAACGGAGCAGAACUUUGAAGAUUGCUCGGAAAAUUUCGACGACGCAAUGCAGGAGCUUGACGAUGCGCUGGCAGUCACACUGUCGAGGGAUUUCAAACAAGUGAAAAUCGAGUUGGAAAGCGCCAUAGACGAUGCCGACACCUGCAUCUCCGUGCUGAAUCAAAAAGCAGGAAAAGACAAGGAACUGUAUGAAAAGACUAAUCACUUUCGCCAACUAGUCAGCAAUGCCUACGACAUUGCCAAUAUUUUGGCUCCAAAAUAA